AUGGGACAGCUGCUCUCUUUGACCUGGAUGCUGGUGGUAUUGGUGAUAACCCCUUGGUUCACUGUAGCUGGAGCCAGUGACUCAUCAGAAUCAAGAAAGUGUUCUGAAUGCCACAGCAACGCUACCUGCCAGGAGGAUGGGGUGGUCACGACGUGCUCCUGCCAGGCGGGCUUCACCGGCGACGGGCUGGUGUGCGAGGACCUGGAUGAGUGCGCCACCCCGCAAACUCACAACUGCUCUGCCAACAGCAGCUGCGUGAACACGCUGGGCUCCUACGAGUGCUCCUGUGGCGACGGCUUCCGUCUGACGCCUGAGCUGGGCUGCACGGACGUGGAUGAGUGCUCGGAUCAGGGACUCAAUAACUGCCACGCCCUGGCCACCUGUGUCAACACAAAGGGCAACUACUCGUGCGUGUGUCCCGAGGGCUAUAGAGGGGAUGGUUGGCACUGCGAGUGUUCCCAGGGCACCUGUGGGCCAGGGCUGGACUGUUUGCCCCAGGGCCCGGAUGGGGCACUGGUGUGCGAGGACCCCUGCCAUGUGCAUGAGACCCUCGUCGAUUACUGGCGCAGCACGGAGUACGGUUCCGGCUACUCCUGUGACACAGGCCUGCACGGCUGGUACAGGUUCACGGGCCGGGGUGGCGUGCGCAUGGCUGAGAGCUGCGUGCCGAUCCUGCGCUGCAACACGGCUGCACCCAUGUGGCUGAAUGGCUCGCACCCGUCGAGUGGCCAGGGCAUCGUGAGUCGCACGGCCUGCGCUCACUGGAGCGGCCACUGCUGCCUGUGGUCCACAGAGGUGCAGGUGAAGGCCUGCCCAGGCGGCUACUAUGUCUACAACCUGACGGAGCCUCCAGAGUGCAAUCUGGCUUACUGCACAGAUCCUAGCUCCGUGGAGGGGACUUGCCAGGAGUGCAGGGUCGAUGAGGACUGCAUAUCGGAUAACGGCAGGUGGCGAUGCCAGUGUAAAGAGGACUCCAACAUCACCGAUGUCUCCCUCCUGGAACACAGGCUGGAGUGUGGGGCCAAUGACAUCAAGAUGUCCUUCAGCAAGUGCCAGCUGCAGAGGCUGGGCUUUAUGAAGGUCUUCAUGUACCUGAGUGACAGCCACUGCUCAGGCUUCCAUGAGAGGGGUGAACGAGACUGGAUUUCCGUGGUGACCCCUGCCCGCCAUGGUUCCUGUGGGACAGUGUUGAGAACGAAUGAAACUCAUGCCACCUACAGCAACACCCUCUACCUGGCAAAUGAGAUCAUAGUCCGGGAUGUCAACAUCAGAUUCAACUUCGAAUGCUCCUACCCCUUGGACAUGAAAGUCAGCCUGAAGACAUCCCUACAGCCCAUGGUCAGUGCUCUGAACAUCAGCUUGGGUGGGACAGGCAUGUUCACCGUGCGGAUGGCGAUGUUCCAGAGUCCUACCUACACGCAGCCCUACCAAGGUCCCUCUGUGAUGCUGUCCACUGAGGCUUUCCUGUACGUGGGAACCAUGCUGGAUGGGGGUGACUUGUCCCGGUUUGUACUGCUAAUGACCAACUGCUAUGCCACACCCAGUAGCAACUCCACAGACCCCGUGAAAUACUUCAUUAUCCAGAACAGAUGUCCACACACAGAGGAUACAACCAUCCAGGUGGUGGAGAAUGGCGAGUCCCCUCAGGGCCGAUUUUCUGUUCAGAUGUUCCGGUUUGCAGGAAAUUACGACCUUGUCUACCUGCAUUGUGAAGUGUACCUGUGCAACACUCAGAAUGAAAAAUGCAAACCCGCCUGCUCUGGUACUCGAUUUCGAAGUGGGAACGUCAUAGAUCACACUCGUGUCCUGAACUUGGGUCCCAUCACACGACAAGGUGUCCAGGCCCCCGUGUCCAAGGCUGCUUUCAGCAACUUGAGGCUCCUGAGCGUCUGGCUGUCAGUGCCUCUCUCAGCCAUUUUGGCUCUGAACUUUCAGUGAUGGACAGCAGGAAACCUGCUCUGUCUCUCAGCUCUCUUCCUGCUGGCCAGGAGGGGAGAUGCAGCCUGGUUUCCAGCCGCAGGAGAGGGAGCUCACACUGCUUACUCUCUUUAAUCCUCACUUAUCAAAACCAAGUUGGUACCUUUCAAUGCUGCUCUUUCUCCAAAUGGGACUCAUGAUAUGUCCGUACAUGAAGCCCCUGCCUCCUUAAGGGAUGUGGCAAAAUAAUAAUUCUAACUCAUAAGCUUUUGGAGUCACUAAUUCAAAUCAUCAAUGAGCACACAGUUGCUGUGGGGACGGUUUGUUAUGAUGAGCAUCGUGAGGUGGGAGUAAAACAGACUCUUUCCCU